GUCAAGCAACAGGUGAAGAAUGUGGUCCAACCCAUGGGCGCGGAGGCAAACAAGGUCAUGGGGAAUGGUGCCCACCAUGUGAACAACGUCAUUGGGAAUGGUGCCCACCAUGUGAACAACGUCAUGUUGAAUGGUGCCCAGCAUGCACAGAACGUCAUGGGGAAUGGUGCCCAGCUUGCCCAUUUUUUGAUGAAGGCCACUGCGCAAGAAGUCUAUCAAGGUGUCGACCACGCCGCUGUGCAGGGGCAAAGCUUGAUGAAAACUGCUGAGGGCAGCGCCAUCACUGUGGUGAAGCAGGUUGGCACAGAAGGGAAAAUCUUGUUGGGGACAGCCAGCAACGAGAUCUGCUUUUGCAUGGAUCAUGCGGCAGACCAAGCCCAAACUCUGUGCACCCAAGGAAGCUACGCUGCGGGUCAGAACUUUCUUGUCGGAUUCCUCUCGGGUUUCGAGAAGCCGCUGGUGAAAGCUGUCAUUGGAAAGCUGAGGGCCGGCACUUCACCUGAGGUCAUCCUGAAUUUCAUCUUCCGACAAGGGCCCAGCACCAAACCGUCUGAGACCCUCGAUGCUUUGGCAGCAAUUCUGGAUUACUAUGCCCUCUCGGGAUAUCCUUCCCCGGUUGUCUUCGUUCUCCAGCUCGGCGUCCUCCAUGAGGCUGAGAAGCGAGGCAUGCUGGCCCCAUCCUUGUGGUCUUGGAUGAUGAAGCUCCUCCGUCUCAGUGAAGAUCGUCGGCAGAGGCUCACCGGGAAGCUGGUCCACCUGCCACAAGACUAUGAUCCCACUGGAGCCUUCCGGGCCAGUGCCAUUGACGCCUUGGUCAACACAAAUGAUAUUGUGGCGAUGGUGCGAUGCAUUGCGCAGUGGGGUGGGGCGAUGGUGCCCUUGCCACCUGUCACUGAUGUGGAGAUUGGCAAGGGCUUGAUGAUCGUUCCCGUGCUACGGGACAGCCACAGCAUUCACACUUUGGGCCACGCCCGCGAUGCUCGCAAUGGCACCGUGGUUCACUUGUGGGAGAAACGAGGGGCCGGCCACGAUCACGUGGACAACAAUGUAUGGAAGUGGUCUGCGGACGGCAAAAUCCGCCUGAGCAGUCGGCCAGACAUCGUGUUCUCCAAGAAGAGCGGGCCUAUGGAUCCUCUUUCGGACAGUGAACCGGUGCAUCUCUGGAAGGAACAUGGCCGCAGUGACCCAUGUGAGAAGAACCAGCUCUUUCUCUUCCAUGACGGCUACAUCGCCUUGGCAGCUGAUCCCACCUAUGUGCUGACCAUGGCAGGGGAUGGUGGAAAUGGCACCAAGUGUCAUUUGGCCAAGAGGGCCCCAAAAAGCCAUCCAGAUCACAAGAAACAGCUGUGGAAAACUGUGAAUUUGUGAGGGGGAAGUCUGUAGUUGUGGUUGUGCUCUACCCGGCUCUACCCGGCUCUCCGGCUGCGUGAUGAGAUGCAGCCAGGCAGCGCAUUUUUAAGGGUAAUCUUGUGAAGACGUCAGCUCACUUCGUGUACUUUUGAGCCGUGGUGAAAGAAAAAAUGCCCGCAUUGCGAGGAACGGCUGCAGCUCAAGCACAUAGGUGCUCCUGAAUGCAUCAUUCGCAAUUGCUGUUGCUUGGACUUGUUCG